AUGAUAGGCAGACAUUCACCCAACUGUAGCCGGUCUGACACACGUUAGCAUCGUCAUUUCCUAUUAGAUUAAAGGCUUUAAGGUCAAACAUCCACGCCCUAAUACAACAGACACAUCCAACACAAACAUUCUUAUGAACUACCGUAUUCUCUACAUUAAAGCUGCUUGUAUGAUAACAAGUUGUAGAUUUUUAUAUUUGGGUUUUCUGGUUUAAAAAUUGUUGACAUCAAAAGCUCAAAGCUCGAGAAUUGUUUCGUAUAUAAGAUCGUACCACGGAGAAAAAGGAUUUGGAGCAGACAUAUUUUGUCGUCACGCCUGUGGUAUUUUUUAACUCGUCAUCACCCGCUUCCUGUUAUUCUGUGUUGGUAGAAGUGAAGGAUAAUGUGCAGUGGUCGCCGGGUUGGAAGACGAUAGCUUCGUAGAUAAAGCACCGUGGGAGCUCCAAACCAGUGGCCGCCGGGGGAGUCGCCACCAGGAGCGGGAAGAACGUAGCUUUACGACUCAGUGAGGAGAUGUCAACGCGGGGAUGUCUUUUGUUGAAAACCGUGGCGUAGUCCCGGGUGAAGCAGCGUUUACUCCGCUCACGUACUGCGGUGACUCCACUCACAGACGCUCGAGCCACACGUACAUGGAUGGUGGGGUCGCAGUAUGCCAACGUCCUCAACUUCCACACACGCUGGAGGGAGAAGCAGCACCGCAGCAGAGGGGAGGUUCAUGCCCGUCCCCUCCACCCCUCCUGCCGGCUCCUCUGUCGGGGUCGUCCCCGCUCUGUGCCUAGCUGUGGUGGCAGCGGUGGUGUUCCAGCUGCUGUGGGGGGGUCUGGCUCUGACCUCCUUCUUCUUGAAGCUCUUCAUCUAUGUGUCGUUCGCCCUGCUGUGUGUCCUGGCUGGAAGUCUGGUUCUGCUGGUCAGGAAGAGUCCCCUCAAAGUCGUCCACUUCCACAGGGACUCACGGCACUUCCCUGCCCCGGCUGACCUCUUCACCAAGCGUAUGGCGUCUUUCGUGGUCCCAGUGCAGGAGUCGGGCCAGAACAGGAGGGUGUUGGUCUCACACAAUAUAGACAAAGCUCUUAAAGAAGUGUUGGACAUGGCCUACAGAGACUACAUGCUGUCGUGGUACGCUCCUCUGAGCCGUGACGAAGGCCAGCUCUACGCCCUGCUGUCAGAGGACUGGUGGCAGAUGACCAGGCAGCUGAGGUCACGGCUGGCCGACAUCGACCUGGUCAACGUGGUGUGUUACGACACCAUCCGUAUACUUCACACACACUUCACUGAGCUCAAGGCUGCGGUAGCCAGACCGGAGGAGUGCGCUCGACCGUUCGCUCUGCACUCGUGUCUGGUCAGUCCUGAGUCAGAGCUGGACUUCCUUCGCUGUGUGGCCAGAAUUCUGCUGCUGUGUCUGCUGCCACACAAAGACGCCAAGUCUCAGAUACUUCGCUGCUGCCUCACGGAGGUCAUCGCCUCCAAAGUGUUGAAGCCCAUGGUAGAAGUCCUGAGUGACCCAGACUCCAUCAACAGGACGCUGCUGUCUCAGCUGGAGCUGAGGGAGCAGCAGGCCGAGCAGCAGAAGAAGGCCUACACCUACGCUGCCUCCUACGAGGACUUCAUCAAGCUGAUAUCAACCUCCGCUGAUGUCACUUUCCUCACGCAACUCAGGUAUCAGAUUGUUGUAGAGAUCAUCCACGCCACCACCAUCAGCAGUCUGCCUCAGCUGAAGAAGCAGAAAGAGCGAAAAGGUAAAGAGUCUGCGGCCAUGAAGGCCGACCUGCUGCGGGCCAGAGACAUGAAGCGCUACAUCAACCAGCUGACUGUGGCCAAGAAGCAGUGUGAGAAGAGGAUUCGUCUGCUGGGUGGACCCAACUAUGAGAACGGUGAGGAGGGAGGGGCCGAGGAAGGAGAUGAACCACAGAGUCAGAAGAUCCUCCAGUUUGAUGACAUCCUGUGUAACCAUGGUUACAGGGAACACUUCUGUGUCUACAUGGAGAGAGUGGAUAAAAGAGCUCUGAUCAGUUUCUGGGAACUGGUGGAAACACUGAAGACCGCAAAUAAGAAUGAAGUGCCACAGAUCGUUGGGGAAAUUUAUCAGAAGUUCUUUGUGGAGAGCAGAGAGAUUCCAGUGGAGAAGGUUCUGCUGAAGGAGAUAGAACAGAGUCUGGUGGGAAACAGAGGAACACAGGUGUUUAUUCAACUCCAGGAGCAGGUUGCUGAGACCAUGAGAGAGCGGUAUUAUCCGUCCUUUCUGGUUUCUGACAUCUAUGAUAGGUUGAUCAGAAGAGAAGAGCGGAACAGCCAAUCACAGUCGAGCAGCGAGGAAAAGGAUGAAGUGUGCCAGGCCAUUGACACGGGUGAGGAGGUGUGUGAUGAAGGCAGUAAAGGGAUAAACGAACAGGCCAGUUACGCUGCUACGAAACUUCGACAACUCUACGAUAAACUGGAGUACAAGCGACAGGCGCUGGGAUCCAUCCAGAACGCACCGAAGCCAAACAAGAAGAUCGUGAGUAAACUGAAGGAUGAGAUUGGAGCCAUGGAGAAGGAACACAAUGACCUGCAGCAGCACAUCACCAGGACGGACUGGUGGUGUGAACAUUUGGGGAACUGGAGCGCCACCAUCACUGCAGCUGAGGCUCCAGAGGAGGGCAGUGACACUGUAGCCUCUUACAGUGUGUGUGUCAGUCUGCUGGACGCAGAGGAGACGGCCAACAGUCGCUGGACUGUCCACAGGAGACUCACCGAGUUCCAGAUGCUGCACCGGAAACUCACCGAGUGUUUUCCUUCUCUGAAGAAACACCAGCUUCCAUCACUGAGUAAACUCCCCUUCAAGUCCAUCGACCAGAAGUUUCUGGACAAGAGUAAGACUCAACUGGACGCUUUUCUUCAGCGUUUGUUGACAGAUGAACGUCUGUGUCAAUCAGAGGCUCUCUACGCCUUCCUCAGCCCCUCCCCCGAGCAUCUGAAGGUGAUGUCCAUCCAGAAAAAGUCUUCAUUCUCUCUGGCCUCGUUCCUGGAGAGACUUCCUGGAGACUUCUUCUCUCACACUGAGGUGGACGAGGAUGACGACAGCGACCUGUCCGACUACGGUGAAGAAACAGAUGGAAAGAAAGACGCAUUAGCAGAGCCCUGUUUUAUGCUCAUUGGAGAAAUCUUUGAACUGAGAGGAAUGUUCAAGUGGGUCAGAAAGACACUAAUUGCACUCGUCCAGGUGACAUUUGGACGAACCAUCAACAAACAGAUCCGAGACACGGUCAACUGGAUCUUCUCGGAGCAGAUGUUGGUGUGUUACAUCAGUGCGUUCAGGGACACCUUCUGGCCCGAUGGGAAGUUGGCACCGCACAUCAAGGUCCGAACGGACUCUGAACGUCAUGAAACCAAGGAACGAGCCCAGCAGAAACUACUUGACAAUAUUCCAGAUGCACUAACAAAUUUAGUGGGUCAGCAGAACGCCCGGUAUGGAAUCAUCAAGAUCUUCAACGCCCUGCAGGAGACCAGUGCCAACAAACAUCUUCUCUAUGUGCUGAUGGAAAUGAUGCUGAAGGAACUGUGUCCUGAACUCAGCAGGGAGCUGGACUUCAGCUAACCACACCCUCAGAGAGCUGCUUCCUGUGACCUGUCUGUAGCAGACCAAUCACAAACUGCCAAGCUGGACAGAGAGAACCUUCAGUGGGUUUAAGUUCUUACCAUUCUUAUGGUUCUGUGAAGUGAAGAGAAGAACUUCCUGAAUCCUGCUGUGGUUGUGAUACAGACCUGGAUGUUAGUGAGAAGAGAAGUGGAGACAUGGACACAUCAGACGUGGGACCCGAAGGUUUCAGGUUCAAGUCCACCAGCUGCCAAGUUGCCAUUGAGGUGCAAGGCACACACUGCCCCCUGCUGGCUUUGGUGAUAGGUUCAAAGCAGAGGACACAUUUGGUUGUGUUUGACACAGUGACAAAUAAUUAAUAUUUCCAUCAGAGAAACAAUAGUCACAUCAGAACAGAACACGGUGCUGUGUCAAACGUUGACCAGGUGUCUACACUUUUUCCCCCCCCCCCCCCAGUUUAUUUGUAUUUUAAAGACAGUAGCUGUUCAGGGUCAUUAAAGGUAUUAUUAUUCAUAGCUUUAAGUAAAAAGUCAAGUCAGUUUUUGGCCGUCACUCUGGCGCCCCCCUGUGGUCGAGCAGGUCCAGCAGCCCAGUCCAGAGCAGUCUGUGAGCCAGAGGUUUGUUGGUGUCUGUGCCUUCUCCACAGUAACUUCUACCUAGAACUAGUUACUAUAAAGUAACAUGUGACCCGUCCUAAGUUUUCUAGACAGUACGUAAAGACAUGGUCAGGUCUGUAUCCACAACAGUUGGUGACACUAGUUCAUGUCAGUGCUCUGGUAUUUUCACGGUCUUCUCAGAGGAACUGAUUGUGGAAGUGAAGUGACCCAUGUUCUGGUCCUGACUUGGUCCAGCAGCCGACCUCAGACCUGGACUAGAUGCAGCCAGUGAAGAUGGCUGAGGUUCAAAUGGUUCCUGUCCUGUGAGGUGAGCGGUCAGUUUCUGUGACCACAGACCUCAGAACAUUCCUAUUACACAGAAUCUGAGCAACAAACAAUUGUGUUUUGUGAUUCCUGUUAAGGCUUAUAAUUGUGCAAUACUGUAAAUGUAAUGUAAAAGUAAUUGUGAGGGUUUUAUUUAUGAUCAUUAUGCAUAGAUUUUAUUUUUACUGAAAAUUGUUUAGAUAGCGUUUAUAUGAGCAAUAAAUUGCAAAAGAAAAA